AUGCCGACGGAGACGCUGUCAGCGUACACGCCGUUCGUGAUCGGGAUCGCGGGGGGCACCGCCAGCGGCAAGACGACUGUGUGCAGGACGAUCACGCAGGCCCUCGGUGACCAGCAGGUAGUGCUGCUGGGCUUGGACGAGUUCUACAGGGACCUGACCCCCGAAGAGACGGCGAAUAUUUCGGAUGUAAACUUCGACGAGCCGAGUGCCUUCGACUUCGCGACUCUUGUCGAGUGCCUGGAUGCCCUCAGGCGGUGCGAAGCCACGGACGUGCCCGUGUACGACUUCGUCACCAGCAAGAGGAGUCAUGACAAGUCGAGGAGGGUGAAUCCGGCACACGUCAUUGUGGUUGAAGGCAUCCUGGCCCUCGCCAGCCCCGAGAUCGUGGAGCGUUGCAACAUGAAGAUAUCCGGGGGCGGAUUCGUGGACACGGACGAUGACGUGCGCCUGGUGCGGCGAAUCAAGCGCGACACGGUGGAGCGCGGCCGCAACGUCGAGGGCGUCCUGGCCCAGUAUCUGCGGUUUGUGAAGCCGGCCUUCGAGAGGUACGUGCUGCCUAGCAGGGACAACAAUCCCGUUGCCACGGAGCUGGUCACGCAGCACAUACGGUCGAAGCUGCAGGUCCAGGACCUCCGGCGGAUCUACUCCAACCUGCACCUGCUGAAAAGCACUAUGCAGACGCGGGGCAUGCACACGAAGAUCCGGUGCCGGUCGACGCCACGGAGCGACUUCGUCUUCUAUGCGGACCGGUUGAUCCGAUUGGUCGUGGAGAUGGGGCUGGGUCAGCUGCCCUUCACGGAAUCCACCGUCCAGACCCCGUCGGGGGACUCCUACCAUGGCGUCGAGUUCUGCCGGAAUAUAUGCGGCGUCUCGAUGAUCAGGUCGGGCGAGGCGAUGGAGAACGCAUUGCGCGCCUGCUGCCUGGGCAUAAAGCUCGGCAAGAUCCUCAUCCAUCGGAGUGGCGAUAACGGCUCGAGCAUCGCGUACGAGAAGCUGCCCCACGACAUUGCCCAGCGGCAAGUCUUGCUGAUGGACCCAAUCUUGGCCACCGGCUCCUGCGCCGUCCGGGCCAUCGAGCAACUCAUCAAGCGCCGCGGGGUCGAGGAGGACAAGAUCAUCCUGGACA